GCUCUGGAAAAGAGGAGUCGACAUGGAGGAAAUGGAGCUGCUAGUGUGACCCCACGGAGAGACUCCCGACCCCCGUGGAAGAAUGAUAACUUAGCCAGCACUUUGGGAGGCGGCUUUUUUUUUUUCCUGUGUGCGUGUGAGUGUGUCAAGUAAACUGUGGGAAAGUUUGAAGCCGGGGGGAGCUGGCUAUGUCGCGGCACAGCGAGGAGGACGCCGGGAUGGCCAAAGCUCCGCCAGCCGCACGGCAAAAAAAGAAGAAACCCAAAGAGAACAAAACCAGGACUGUCCACGCAAACAUCCUGCACGACUGCGCCAAAGGGGAUGAAAACCCCAACCGACACUAUGCAAACAACAAGAUUAAGACGACCAAAUACACCGUGCUGUCAUUCCUGCCAAAGAACCUCUUCGAACAGUUCCACAGGUUCGCCAAUGUUUACUUCGUCUUCAUCGCUCUGCUCAACUUUGUUCCGGUUGUCAACGCGUUCCAGCCCGAGCUCGCUCUGGCUCCCGUGGUCUUCAUCCUGUCCGUGACCGCCAUCAAAGACCUGUGGGAAGACUACAGGAGACACAGGUCCGAUAAAGAGAUCAACCACAUGGACUGUCUGGUCUACAGCAGAGCAGAGAGACGCUAUGUGGAGAAGUACUGGAAGGAGGCGCGGGUGGGAGACUUCAUCAGGCUGCGAUGCAACGAGAUCCUCCCCGCCGACGUGCUGCUGCUGAGCUCCAGUGACCCCGACCGCCUGUGCCACAUCGAGACAGCCACCCUGGAUGGAGAGACCAACCUGAAGCAGAGGCAGGUGGUCCGCAGCUUCUACGACCUGGACUGCGAGUUUGACCCCCUAAAGUACAACAGCAUCAUCGAAUGUGAAAAGCCCAACAACGACCUGAACAGAUUCAGAGGCUACAUAAUCCAUCGAAGCGGCAGGAGAGACGCGCUUUACAAAGAGAACCUGCUGCUGCGAGGCUGCACCAUCCGCAACACAGAGGAGGCCGUGGGAAUUGUCAUCUAUGCAGGUCACGAGACCAAAGCCAUGCUGAACAACAACGGUCCACGUUACAAGCGCAGUAAACUGGAGAGGCAGAUGAAUGUAGACGUGUUCUGGUGUGUCAUCAUCCUGCUGGUCAUGUGCCUGUUUGCUGCUGUUGGUCACGGGCUGUGGAUGUUUCAGUAUGGAGAUAACAGACCCGUGUUUGACGUUCUUAGCCCAGAGGGGACCAACUUAUCGCCCAUCAUGUCAGCCAUUUAUCUCUUCCUCACCAUGAUCAUCGUCUUUCAGGUCCUGAUACCCAUCUCCCUUUUUGUGUCAAUUGAAAUUGUCAAGAUCUGCCAAGUGUACUUCAUCCAUCAGGAUAUGGAUCUGUACGACGAGGAGACAGACUCCCACCUGCAGUGCAGAGCACUUAAUAUCACCGAGGAUCUGGGCCAGAUGCAGUAUAUCUUCUCUGACAAGACAGGCACGCUGACGGAAAAUAAGAUGGUGUUCCGGCGCUGCACUGUGGCAGGGGUGGAGUAUUCCCAUGAUGCCAACGCUCGAAGACUUGCCAUGUACCAGGAAAUGGACUCGGAGGAGGAAGAGUGCAUGUCUCACAGUGGCACCCUCCCCAGGCGGGACAGCGUGACCAGUCACCAGAGCGCCCGCGUGGUGCUGCGGUCCCAGAGUACCAAGUCCCACCGAAGGACAGGCAGCAGGGCGGAGGCCAAGAGAGCCAGCAUCCUGUCCAAGCACACGGCCUUCAGCAGCCCCAUGGAGAAGGACAUCACCCCCGACCCCAAGCUCCUGGACAAAGUCAAUGACUGCAGCAGUCAGAUGGACUUCAUGCGCUUCCACAGCCAGCCUAUGUCCCAGCUGCCCUCUGACCUCUCAGACAUCAUCGAUUUCUUCAUCGCUCUCACAAUCUGCAACACGGUGGUCGUGUCCUCCCCCAACCAGCCAAGACACAAGGUCAGGAUGAGGUUCGAGCUAAAGUCUCCAGUGAAGACCAUCGAGGACUUCAUCAAACGCUUCACCCCCAGCCGACUGACCUCCGGCUCCAACAGCAGCAGCUCCUCCAGUCUCAUCACCAACCGAUCCUCCAAUAAGGGCUGCUCCAGCCUGCUGUCCUCGCCCUCAGCAGAGAGCACGCUCACCAAGCUGCACGAGGAGCAGACCUCGGGAGGUUUGGAGCAGGAUUUCAGCCCCAUCCCGCCGUCCUACGAUGGAAAAGCCUCCUGGAACCUCGAGGAAGGAGAGCUGCGCUACGAGGCAGAGUCGCCCGACGAGGCCGCUCUGGUCUACGCUGCCCGGGCCUACAAGUGCUCCCUGGUCGGACGCCUCCCCGACCAGGUGAUCGUGGAGCUGCCUCACCUGGGGAAGCUGAGCUUUGAGCUUCUGCACACGCUGGGCUUCGACUCCACCAGGAAACGCAUGUCUGUGGUGGUUCGACACCCUCUGACUGAUCAGAUCACCGUCUACACUAAAGGAGCAGACUCUGUCAUCAUGGAUCUCAUCAAACCCCCCGACACAGGAAACUCCAAAGGGAAACGUCAGAAAAAGAUUGUCUGCAGGACCCAGCACUACCUGAAUCUGUACGCUGCAGAUGGACUUCGCACGCUGUGCAUAGCAAAAAAGAUUCUGAGCAAAGAGGAGUACGCCUGCUGGCUGCAGCGGCACUUGGCGGCUGAGACGGCCAUUCAGGGAAGGGAGGAGCUGCUCUUUGAGUCGGCCCUGCGGCUGGAGACGAACCUCCAUCUUCUGGGAGCGACGGGCAUUGAGGAUCGGCUGCAGGACGGCGUGCCUGAAACUAUAGCUUCCCUGCGGAAGGCGGGCCUGCAGAUAUGGGUGCUGACGGGGGACAAACAGGAAACUGCUGUGAACAUCGCGUACGCGUGCAAGCUGCUGGACCCCGAGGAGGAGCUCCUGACACUGAACGCUGACUCUCAGGAGGCGUGCGCGCUGCUGCUGGAGGAGAGUUUACACUACAUCCAGGCCAAAUUCCUCUGCAGCCCUUCAGGCCCAACCACCAAGACCUUCAACACUAACUUCUCGCCCUUUGACAUCUACUCCUCUUCAUCUCCGUCCUCCCAGUCCACUCCCUUCUUGGUGCACCGGCUGGGCCUGGUGAUAGACGGGCGGACCUUGGCCUACGCCCUGGAUAAGAGUUUGGAGGAUAAGUUUCUGGCCGUUGCACGGAGCUGCCGUUCCGUGCUGUGCUGCCGGUCCACGCCGCUGCAGAAGAGCAUGGUGGUCAAACUGGUGCGGAACAAGCUGAAGGUCAUGACUCUGGCCAUAGGAGAUGGGGCCAAUGACGUCAGCAUGAUCCAGGUCGCAGAUGUGGGUGUGGGGAUCUCAGGACAGGAAGGCAUGCAGGCAGUGAUGGCAAGCGAUUUUGCCCUCCCACGUUUCCGGUAUCUCCAGAAGCUCCUGCUGGUACACGGGCACUGGUGCUACUCCCGUCUGGCUAACAUGAUCCUGUAUUUCUUCUACAAGAAUGCAAUGUUUGUGGCGCUCAUCUUCUGGUAUCAGUUCUACUGUGGCUUCUCAGGUUCAGCCAUGAUUGACCAGUGGUAUCUCAUCUUCUUCAACCUGAUGUUCUCUGCUUUCCCACAACUCAUUACUGGCACUCUGGACAAAGACGUGUCAGCAGAGACUCUCCAACAACUACCUCAGCUCUACGUGAACGGCCAGAACUCCGAGGAAUAUAAGCCAUAUAUGUUCUGGAUGAACAUGAUUGAUGCCUUCUACCAAAGUCUCGUCUGCUUCUUCAUUCCUUACUUUGCCUAUGCUGACUCUGACGUGGACCUGUUUACAUGGGGAACUCCCAUCACCACCCUCGCCUUAUUCACUAUUCUGCUGCAUUUGGGCACCGAGACCAAAACAUGGACGUGGAUGAACUGGAUGUCAAUCGCCUUCAGUAUCGCCUUAUUCUUCACCGUGGCGCUGUGCUACAACGCCUCCUGUCCCGCCUGCUACUCUCCUUCCAACCCCUACUGGACCAUGCAGAGGCUGCUGCAGGAGCCCCUCUUCUACCUGCUGUGCUUCAUCACGCCUAUCGCUGCGCUGCUGCCUCGAUUUUUCUACAGGGCGUGUCAAGGCACGCUGUUCCCGAGCCCAGUCCAACUUGGAAGGCAGUUGGAUAAACUCCCCGCUGACAUCCGCAGGAACAUCCUCAGCCUGAGUCAGGUCAAGGUGGGGUCGCCGCUCUGCCCCAAGCUUCCCUUCCUGUCCCUCGCUAAGGCCUCGCCUAAAGGUUACAAUAAAAAGGAUCGGAGGAGCGUCUCUGGCUCUAAACCGGGGCCUCUAUUACAAACAGAUGAAGCAAAGAGAAGCCCACUGCAGCCCACAGACAGCGAUAUGCACCUUUCAGAUCUCUAUACACCAGCUCCAUCAGAAGUAGACACCCUUCCCUACACCAAAGACAACCCUGCCCCAUCAGGGGAGCUGCAGACUUCUUCCGCUGCAGACUCAGAGCAUCUCAAUAAGACUAUAGAGCUGUCAGAUGUGAAUCUGUCCAGCUGUGUCACCUCCACACCUCUGCCCGCUCAGGCAGACGGCGUGCAGCUGAGCAUGCCCCCCGACGGAGCCUCGCAGUGCGUCAGAUACACGAGGAACUCAGAGGAAAGACUCAAAUCUGAGCACGCCGUCAGUUCGGCACACAGGACAGAGCCGCCGACAGAACGGCCGCUGCAGGCCGCUUCCUUCAGUCUUAACUAGAAAUUCAAUUGCACAAUAGUUUGUUUGUUUUUUAAAGAUCUAAUUAUAUUUUUCAAGCAGAUUCUUUUAUGAAACAUGCAAAGAGGUACUUUAUAUUUUGGAUGUAAAUCUAAAGCAGAGAUAUUUUUGCCUUUUGGGAGAUUUAUUUUUCUGAUACUGGGAAACGUAAAGUUCACACAGAAACAUCUCAGUACUCUGUCAGGUCUUCAUGAAAAGAAGAGCAGAGAGAUUCCACCGUGAUAUGGUACCCAGUUCGUUCUUUCAGCUUGGCCUGUAAAUGCACCAAGACCUGGAUCGGAGCCGUUCGUGGCCUCGAAUCAGUGCUGAUGAGGAAAGAAGUUCCCGUACUUUACUUAUACUUAACGGCCACGCAGAAGCAUAUUUCUGUGAGGACUUCCAUGCAGAUGAUACCAAAGGUUUAUAUUCACGUGCAGCAAGUUGUGGUGCUGGCUCUGUGCACAUUUUCUUCUUGUUGCUGGAUCGGGAAACAGACGUCUGUUUCUAGCUGUUCUCUUGCACAGUAAAUUCUUCUGAAUUAUAAUUAUUAGAGCUGUUGGCUGUAAAGUUAUUUGUGCAUUAUGACCAAGAAAUCGCCAUUUCAGUCUUUAUGCACUAAGAAUCCACCAGGAAUUAUGCUCUGUGUGUGUGUGUGUGUGUGUGUGUGUGUGUGUGUGUGUGUGUGUGUGUGUGUGUGUGUGUGUGUGUGUGUGUGUGUGUGUGUGUGUGUGUGUGUGUGUUUCUACAGGGUUAAGACUUGGUUUGAAAUGGUUAGCGUUAGGAUUAUGUUCAGAUUAGGGUUCGGGUUAGACGUUUAGCUGGGCCGUGGAAUACGCUACAUCCUCGCAAAAGCAAAACUCUUAUAUACACGUGUGUGUGUGUGUGUGUGUGUGUGUGUGUGUGUGUGUGUGUGUGUGUGUUUAUCGAACGACUCAUUGGAUCUCUUUUAAGAGCCAGUUCCACAUAAAUGUAGAUUUGCUAACUGUUGCCAAGAGUUGAGGUCAAUCUGGUUUCCAUGACUGUCUGUCAAAUAUAAAGCUGAAGUCGGAGGCGUUAUUUUCUAAAAAUAAAUAAAAAAAUAAUAAUAAUUUUAAAAACCUGCUGUCCAGCAUCUCUAAAGCUCAUUAAUUAACAUUUCAUAACAUCUCCUUUCUUUCAUUUUUGUAAUCACCAUAUCAUAAAGAUAAUAUAUGUAUCAGUUGGUUGACAUUUCACAUUGCUAGCAGUUAGCUGCUUCUCUCUUCACCUUCAUGUACUGAACCCGUCACUUGUCCUAACAGCGCUACACCAAGCACCCAGCAACAAGUCAGCCUCCAUCCGAGUGAAAACCCUCCUCUGUGUGUCUGUGCAGAUGUUUUGCAGAUGUCUUCUCAUCUGCAUCCUUUACAGUUUUACUAGGAAGCACUUUAAAAGCCCCAUUUUGCUUUUAGCUUUUCAGUUUUUAAACACCACGUUUACAGUGGUGGAUAUUUUUACCUUAAGCUGUUUCCCUCUGCUCCUCGACUUUAUACACAGCUAAGCUAACUCUAUCAUAAGAAGCAGGAUUUUUGCUACCAUAAGCUUUUUUUUGUCUUGUUUUUUUUAGUCUGACUUUUAUCAUGUUUGAUCUUUGGCCCUGUGUGAGUAACAGAGUAGCAUUUAACUAAAUGCAAUCUUAAAACUGGAAUUAUUCUGACAAAGAUUUAUAUCUUCAUAAGCAACGACCGGUACUCAGAACAGGAGGUCUUGGCCUGUGCAAGUGGCCUGACUCCAAAUGAUAUCUGAUGGGCUGUGUGGCUUCAGCUUCAUAUUUAACACAAACAUGAGAGAGAAGGAUCAAAUUUCUUUUGUUUGUGAGGAACAGCCAGUUGUAAGGAGCUUAUUUCACACAGAGUAGAAACUGGGUGAUCGAUGCCCAGAAUAAGAAAAAAGGGCAUUAUUUUGAACUUUUACUCAUGAAAAGCUAGGCUAACGCUAAUGAGUGAAAUAAUAAAUGCAUGAAGCUGAGCGUAACAGAGGCACCGCUUAGUCUGUGCAAGUGCCUUUUUUCCAUUCAUGUCAUGUGUUUAGUUUAUCUGAAGCCUGUCUGAUUUUUUUUUUCUACAGCUGUAAACCAAAUCCUCGGGGUUCAGUCUGUCCCAGAUCUUAAAGAGACUGCUUUAAGUUUGCACUUUGAAAGCUUUGAGUCGCUGAGUGUCGUCGGUGCUGCUGGGAGAGCGGGAGCUUUGCACCCCUCUCACCUUUGCAGACACUUUGAUGCGUUCCUCCAGUUUAUGGUUGAGCAUUUAAAGCAGCAGCACCUUUUUAACAUUUUCUGAAGGGCGUGUCUCAUUCCAGGAUGUUUUUGUAAAGAGUUCAACUUUUGCCAAAGGUCAUCUAUAUAUUCUACGUGCCUUAACACUGGAUAAGAAAUGAAAAAUGUGCUCGUGAUGCUGAUUCUGUUUGUUUAAUGAUGACGGAGCAUAUAUUCGGAGGCUGCAGGCUCUGUGGUUUCUCUCCUCCUGUCCUUUUGCACAUGGUGCUUGUUCCUUUGGCAUGCUGUUGUCUGCAGUCUGUUCACUUUGUUUUAGAGGUUCUGUCAUUUGGGGUGUUGCACUUUGUGUGCCAGGCUGAAGCUUGAGCGUUUCUGCGAUCCUACACACACACUGUCACACAGCGUAUCUGAGCAUAUUCGAUGUUUUUCUCCUUAUUUUUCUUUUGGUUGCUGCAUCGGCCGAAUGUGAGCUUCACUGUUUGAAUGGUUUCACUCUCAGUGCUGGUCAGCCACAGCAUUAAAACGUUUUUUAAAAACCACAAUUAUUUUGAAGCACAGUAGUUUUCGAAAAGUCAAUGAGACAUUAAGUCUUCAUGUUAAAUAGCUGCCAGGUUAAUGGGAUGUGAGAUGGGUUAUUGUUGUUGUUGACCGAGACCAGAAAAACAGCGAGUCGCUCCACUUUUAAAGCGAUCACUAAAUUAAUUUAGGAAGACAUCGAAGCAUUCAAGGUGUUAAACUCUGCCACUGCCAGCCGGUGAAGCCGUGUUUCUACCAAUCAGAUCGGCUUUUUAUGUUGUGGCUGAUCAGUAUAUUGAAAGGUAAUGAUCAGAGAUUUGGGGUUAAACACUGAAAAGCUGCAGCCGGUCACCAACGUAGAAGAAUUGUUUUAGGUUUUUAUUAAUAUUCCACAUUUUUAUCAGUUCUUUGGCCUUUGAGCAACUGGAAAGUUUCUG